GUUGGUUUAAGAGCAGAACUCACUACCAAAACCCUCUUAGGAGUGAAGAUGGGGAAAAUGAGGUCCUCAAUGGCCUCUCUCAUGCUCACUGUCUUAGUAGCAAUAGUCUCACUUAGCUUGCCAUCAGAAACCAACGCAAACUACCCAUAUGCCUCUCCUCCACCACCUCCUUACCACUACACAUCACCACCACCACCUCCUUACCACCCAGCACCACACUACCCACCACACUUUCCACCCCACCACCCAGUGCACUCUCCUCCUCCACCAGUACCAGUGAAGCCAGUGCAUCCACCACACCACCCACCACACCACCCACAUUAUCCACCACACCUUCCACCCCACCACCCACCACCCAAGAAGCCCUACAAGUACUUCUCUCCUCCACCACCUGUUAAACCACACUAUCCUCCUCAUUAUCCACCACACCACCCGGUGCACCCACCACAUUACCCACCACACCACCCAGUGCAUCCACCACACCACCCAGUGCACCCACCACAUUACCCACCACAUAUCCCACCACAUCACCCACCUACUCCAGUUUACAAGUACAAGUCUCCUCCUCCACCACCAGCACACCCCGUACUCCCACCAUAUAAGUACAAGUCUCCUCCUCCACCUCCUCCUGUUUACAAGUACAAGUCUCCUCCACCACCCCCACCACACCCAAAACCAGUUUACAAGUACAAGUCUCCUCCUCCACCUCCUCCUGUUUACAAAUACAAGUCUCCUCCCCCACCCCCACCACACCCAAAACCAGUUUACAAGUACAAGUCUCCUCCACCACCCCCACCACACCCAGUACUCCCACCAUAUAAGUACAAGUCUCCUCCUCCACCUCCUCCUGUUUACAAGUACAAGUCUCCUCCACCACCCCCACCACACCCAGUACUCCCACCAUAUUACUACAAGUCUCCUCCCCCACCCCCACCACACCCAAAACCAGUUUACAAGUACAAGUCUCCUCCACCACCCCCACCACACCCACAACCACACCCAUACCCUCACCCACACCCACAACCACACCCACACCCACACCCAGUCCCACCGUACAAGUACAAGUCCCCUCCUCCUCCACCACCAGUUUACAAGUACAAGUCUCCUCCACCACCCCCACCACACCCACAACCACACCCAUACCCACACCCACACCCACACCACACCCACAACCACACCCACACCACCCAGUCCCACCGUACAAGUACAAGUCCCCUCCUCCACCACCACCAGUUUACAAAUACAAGUCUCCUCCACCACCCCCACCACACCCACACCCACACCCAUUACCACACCCACACCCACACCCACACCCAUUACCACACCCACAACCACACCCACACCCACACCCAGUUCCCCACCCAGUUCCCCACCCAACACUCCCACCAUACGCAUAUAAGUCUCCUCCUCCACCUCCUCCAGUCUACAAGUACAAGUCCCCACCUCCACCACCACCACACUACAUCUACUCAUCACCCCCUCCUCCUCACUACUAGAAAAUGCCUCCAGAAGUAUGGAACGCAUGAGGAUUUGUCAAAAUAAAGAACGGCUGCAGGCAGAAGAUGUUUAUUAAUUACUACUAUACAAGAACAGCGCGAGUUCGGAUUUGAUAUGGACGUUUAUUUUAUAUGUUUAUAGGAGUUCCAACUUUUUAAUAUUGUUGGGUGAAGUGCUUCCAAUGUGUAUUUAUUAUGCCCUAUCAUGUCUUAUGUAUUUUGUAGAUUUCAACCUUAAGCAAACGCGAAGGUUGAUCGCUAUAAUAAAAUAAACACGUUUCUCGAA